AUGUCCGACUUUGGCGAUGUUAUUGACACGCUCACAUUCGAGCAGAUCCUCGAAAUGGACGACGACGAAGAAGAGCGCGAAUUCAGCCGAUCGAUCGUGUUUGACUUUUUCGAACAAGCCGCCAAUACAUUCAGCCAGAUGGACAAGUCAUUGGAAGCCAAAGACCUCGAAAACCUCUCCGCCCUAGGCCACUUCCUCAAAGGUUCCUCCGCCACUCUGGGACUGACCAAAGUCAAAGAUUCGUGCGAGAAGAUUCAACACUUUGGCGCGCGCAAGAAUGAGACGGGCGAUCAGGACGAGCCGGAUGAUGAGGUCAGUCUAAGCAAGUGUCGGACGACGAUUGAGCAGACGAAGGUGGAGUUUGCCGAGGCGGAGAGGAAGUUGAGGAGGUUUUAUCAUGAUGAUGGACCGGCGGAGGGGGCGAAGGAGUAG